UCGACACACGCUUAGAAGCCUCGGUACCUCGCGUAACAUCACUACUGACAGUUUAAGGUACGGCGGAUAAAAUACUAUCGCUAGUUCAGGGCUAGUGCGGCUGAUUUUUAUUUGUUUUUGUCCCUAUUUGGCGGCUCUGAAAACGGCCUUGAAUUUAGAUAUUUGCUGUCUUAAUGUUAAAGUAGAUUUUUAGAUUUUUCCGAACGGAUUUACAUCUUCACCUUUUGCCUGAAAAAAGCACAGCUAACGUUAGCAAGCUAAUGCUUGGCUAGCGGAGCAGCAUUUGCGAUUCAACGCUACAAAUUUUACCCUAAUUUGACAGGCUUUUUAAUAACCCAACGCUGCAAUGGCCGAUGUUGAUAAGCUCAACAUAGACAACAUCAUCCAGCGUCUUUUAGAAGUCAGAGGAGCAAAACCUGGCAAGAAUGUGCUGCUUCAAGAGAAUGAGAUCCGUGGAUUAUGCCUCAAGUCCAGAGAGAUCUUUCUUAGCCAGCCCAUUCUGCUGGAGCUGGAGGCCCCUCUCAAGAUAUGCGGUGACAUCCACGGGCAAUACUAUGACCUGCUGAGGCUGUUUGAAUAUGGAGGCUUCCCCCCAGAGAGCAAUUACCUGUUCCUGGGAGACUACGUGGACAGGGGGAAACAGUCCCUGGAAACCAUAUGUCUUCUGCUGGCCUAUAAAAUCAAAUACCCCGAGAACUUCUUCCUGCUCAGGGGAAACCGUGAGUGUGCUUCUAUCAACAGAAUAUAUGGUUUCUAUGAUGAGUGUAAAAGAAGGUACAACAUCAAACUCUGGAAGACAUUCACAGAUUGUUUUAACUGCCUCCCGAUUGCAGCCAUUGUUGAUGAGAAGAUCUUUUGCUGCCACGGAGGACUGUCACCUGACCUACAGUCCAUGGAGCAGAUCAGACGCAUCAUGCGUCCCACUGAUGUACCCGACCAGGGUCUGCUGUGUGAUUUGCUCUGGUCUGAUCCAGAUAAAGAUGUCCUGGGCUGGGGGGAGAAUGACAGGGGCGUGUCAUUCACAUUUGGCUCAGAGGUUGUGGCCAAGUUCCUACAUAAACAUGAUCUGGAUCUGAUCUGUCGUGCUCAUCAGGUCGUCGAAGACGGUUAUGAAUUCUUUGCUAAGAGGCAACUUGUUACCUUGUUCUCUGCGCCAAACUACUGUGGCGAGUUUGACAACGCUGGUGCCAUGAUGAGUGUGGAUGAGACCCUCAUGUGCUCUUUUCAGAUUUUAAAACCAGCAGAGAAGAAAAAGCCCAACGGCAGCCGUCCUGUAACUCCACCUCGAAACAUGGUCACCAAACAAGCCAAGAAAUGAAAGGCUGAGGUGCUGAGAGUCAACGGCCUGUGUCCCACUCUUUUCCUCUGCUUUCAUUUUCUGCAUCUGGAGAAUCACGUGUCCUUCAUGCAGCUAAUACUGAAAAAGAUAUCCACUUCUACACGAUGAAAGCAAACUAUUUUGUUGUUUUGUCCACAGGGGUAAAAUUGAUAUGUCACCAUGAUAAACCUCAGGUGUUUUGCACUCCCAUUUUGCAGCUAGUCUUUGCCACAUAUGACUGUUUAAUCAGGAAAAUGUAAUAAUAUGGCUACUAAUGCACAGGAUUGCCUUGUUUUGAAGCUGUGCACAUUUCCUUUUUUCCAAUUUGGUUCUGUUUUAUGUUUUUGUGUGUGUGUGUCCUGUUUUGUUUUUAUUUUUUCUCCCUGUUUCACUUUCAGUUAUGGAAAUUAUAUGGUUCUAAAAACAUUGGGGAAAGACAUGAACACCUGUUUACUUCUAUAGAACUUUAUCAACAGUUAAUUUGCUGUUUGUCUCCGAAAACAUUCAGUUUACCCUGCAUUUUCAAGUGUUGUGCUAAAUACUAACCAAUAAGGAAGCACUCUUGUAAUGUCUGUAAUCUUUCUAAUAAACUGAGUGUAUUUUAUGGGGAAAA